AUGAGGCCGCCGGCUGCCACUUUCGCGUUCUUUGUAUUGCUGCUUCUGCAAGGGUGUCCACCAAUGGAGGCAGGAAACAAAUGCGAACUCAAGGGUUGCCCCAAGCCGAAGUUUGGUCACAUCAACGUUCACGUCGUCUGCCACAGCCACAACGACGCCGGCUGGCUGCACACGCUGGAUAUCACCUACAACGAUUCGGUUCGUUUAAUCUACGACACGGUGCUCGAGGCCCUGCAGCAGAGCCGCAAGCGGCGCUACGUGUCGGCCGAGAACAUCUUCUUCUCUCGCUGGUGGGAGAAACAGCCAAAGGCCGUACGCCGCCGGGUGCACCAGCUAGUGCAGUCGGGACGGCUCCAGUUCGUGGGUGGCGGCUGGGUUCAGAACGACGAGGCGGUCACCCAUUACACAGCCAUCAUCGACCAGAUGACGCUGGGCCUGCGCUUCCUGAAUGAAACGUUCGGUCCCGAUUGCGGCGUGCCCAGCGUAGCAUGGCAGGCAGACCCGUUCGGACACAGCAUCGCGCAGGCGUCGCUCUUCGCAAAGAUGGGAUUUAGCGCCAUGAUGGUCGGUCGAGUUUCCAUGGACACGUUGGAGCAGUGGAAGGCAUCGCACCACAUGGGCUUCGUCUGGAGGACAGCCACCUCGGGAAAUGGUCGCACGAAACCCGGCGAAGGUGACCAACUGUUCACGUGGGUUCCCUGGAACUCUUACUCCACACCAUCGCAGCUGUGCUUCGAUGCGUGCAGCUACGAAGAACCGGCGAAAACAUACGGCGGUAAAACGGUUCCCCUGAUGAUGGGAGACGACCUGACCUGGACCAACGCGAUCGAGCACUAUCAGGACGCAGACAACCUGCUGAAUCGUGCCAACCGCAUGGGACGUUGGCCAAUGAACAUUCUGCGCUGGCUCUUCAAUGGCGCCAAACUCAGACCCGUGAACGUCAUGUACUCGACGCCCGCCUGCUACUUGCAGGCCCUUCACUCUGAAAAGUCGCGUACGUGGCCACGCUUCGAAGAUGACCUGAUGCCGUACACGGACCGGGCAAAGCACACCUGGACCGGCUACUACACGACUAGACCUAACCUCAAAAUGAUGACUCGCUACGCCAACGGUUUCCUUCAGGCCUGCAAGCAGCUCUCGGUGCUUGGUGCUCAAGAGCAGGUCACCAAAGUUCGCAACCUGCGAGGUGAUCAGCUCAGCCUUGUCGAAUCUUGCAAAGAGCACCGGACCACUGCGAAGUCGUCGCCGCGAAAAGCAGCCAUGGGUGUUCGGGUUCUGUCACCGCCUCAACGAAAGUCACUGCCCUUUACAGUCAUCGUUUACAAUCCGGCGAGUGUGGACGUGUCGCCGUACAUCAGGCUUCCAGUGGACACCAGCCGGAGCACCGACUUUACCGUUAGGGCACCUGGCGGCGUCGAAGUUGAAUCACAGUUAGUACCACUGAACCGCCACCCGGAAUCAAAGAACGUCGAGGCGCUCACGAAUGCCACGGCAGCAUUGUUGUUCAAGGCACGAAUCAAGCCACUGGGCUUCAGCGUGUACAGGGUGGCGGCUUCUGGUCCCCAGACAACCGUCUCGCCAUCGGAAAGUUUCUUGGAGCUCGACAGGCCAGCCACAUUCAUCGAAAACGAGAGGUACCGCAUCGAGCUCGACCCGGCGUCCGGACUCGUGGUCCGCGUAAUCCUGCUUCCACAUUGGAGGAGAGACACACCGAGUGACUCUCCUGACUGGACGCCGGUGUCGCUUCGACAGACGUUCGCCUCGUACGACCAGGACCAGGGAGACUUCAGCGUUCCGUUUCCGGGUCACUACGUCUUCAGCGCGCACCGCGAGGCGCAAGCCCUGGGAGACCAUGUCGCAUACCGAGUCAUCAAGGGUCCCUUGGUUCAAGAAAUUCACCAAAUUUUCAACGACUACGUUUCCCAAGCUGUCACCCUUCACAAGAACUCGGAGUUCAUCGAGUUCACCUGGACAAUUGGGCCUCCGCCCACCGCCUAUGCCCAGGACAUCGGACAAGACGUAGUCGUGCGGUACGAGAGCGACCUGGACACCGAGGGGUUCUACACAGACGGCAACGGCUGGAGAAAUAUGCGCAGGGUUGUCACCUUGCAGGAGGACAAGCUUCCCGUUCCAUCCAAUUACUAUCCGGUGGUCUCGUGGAUCUACGUUCAGGACAUCAGCCGUGACCUGACCAUGGCGGUGUUUCCGGACCGCCCGCAAGGCGGCAGCAGCCUGAAGAAAGGACACAUUGAGCUUAUGCUGAAUCGCUGGCACACUACAAACGACGAACUCGGGAACCCCGAGAGCACGUGGGAACCGACAAUGACGCAGCGGAACUUCGUGGCGAGCGGAACUCACCGCGUGUUCCUGGGAACGGCCGCCGAGGCGCAGCGACUGCUCCGGCCGCAGGCGCUGCAGCUCGUCUACCGACCGCUGCUCGCGUUCGCAGCUGCACAGUGGAAACCCCGAAGAGAGAUGAGCCUCCGGGAUCGGCCCAGGCAAAACGACAAUGUGAUGUGA